AUGUCGGCCAUGGAUAUCGUUUCCACCGUGCACCUCCUCAUUAACUUGGGAUUGGAAAUCAAGUCCCGAUUGGACUCGCUCAACCAAGCUGCCGAAGAGCUUCAACUGCUGACCACCAAUCUUAUAAUUUUGUCGAAGGUGUUUGAGGACCCCGUGCAUGAGGACAUCUUCAAGAGCAAUGUGAAGGAGUUCACGAUAAUACUGGAUGUCCUGCAAAGCAUCGGACAGUCGUGCGCAGAAUGCGCAAAGGCCUUGGACAUUGACAUUGCUGGAGCGAAAAUUGCGACUAAGACAGAGUCGCGUAGCAAGAGAUUUAUGAAGCGGAUAUGGGCUUUCAAUAGGAUUCCUGACCUUCUCGCGGAUAUUCAGCGCAAGGCCGAACAACUUCAACGGGCAUACAGCGCAGUGUCUCUUGUAUUUCUCCAGGACAUCAAGGUGCAACAGGGACGGGCGAUUGGGAAGGAAACCGUUGAAUCCGCCGUCGUACGAAAACCGACUAUCCAUGAAAACUUACUCAACCUGGAUUUCAGCACGGAUUUUGCUGACAUCGACCGGAUCGUGGGAAGUCUCAUGAAGGAAUGUGAAAGACUUCGGCAACAACUCCAGGAGGCUACUCUGUUUCCCGACACGUCAGCUGUUCAAGAUUAUCAAGCACAGAACCCAGAAGCAGCAUCAUUUUGGAAAGAUCGAUUUCAAAAAGAUGAACUCAACGCCUCGGAUCUUCGCUAUGAGACGUUAUACGUUUCUUGGGCACGCUUCGUACAUGAGGUAGAAACGUCUUUUGUUCUCAACAAGAUACCGACUGGAGUUUUUGAACCUGGAAACAUCGACUUUGUUCGCCGGCAAGGAUCUCGCUAUUGGCUUGAUAAAAGGGGCACGCGUCGUCUUUCCACAAUCCGGCCUCUCUGGCUCCCGGCUCUUCGGUCUGCUCUCGAUCCACUACACAAGGGUUACGUCAAGCCUCAUGACUAUUUCAAUCUUCUUCACGACUCCUCCUUGUCUGACACGCUGAGAAGGUUGGCCCUCGAAAACGCAGGCUACGGUACACUUGUCGAAUGUGAAAGGGAAUCCGGGGAUCUGCCUUUGCCGGCGGCAAUCGAGUGCCCUUCUGAUCACGUCGGCUGGAUCUCUGCUCAGAUUGUGGCCGUUCCAACACCUGAUGAACUUGGAAUCGUUACCGAGCAAGAGGUCAGGGAUUCAAGCGGCGACGCCCUCUUCGGUUACUUCAACGAUACUUCCCAAGACGUUCACGUCUACGUACGCUACCUUCAGACCGGUCAAAUCGAGCGUAAGAGUCUCUCGAAGCGAGUUCGUCCAGUCGGAGGCAUUUCUCUCGGCGCUGAAUUGUCUAUCCGGUAUGAGCUGGAAUCGGGUGAUCAUGCCUGGAGCGGUGACCUUCACAUCACCGAGUUCAAGGCAUGUUACGGGGGCCGGCCGCUCAAGAAUUCCUUCAAAAAGAUGCUACGCGACGACGACGGUCCCUCAAGUUCUACCAUACCGGAAUUUGAGUGUACGCUUUUAGGGCCAUCCAAGGUAUUCACCCAGCCACCGAAAGUUGGCGAAAAGGUUCAGAUCGAGCACGACGGACUUUGGCACGAUUCGCGAGUCACGCUAGUGGACGGCGAUGAGAUAGAGUAUGUCGAUUGGGACAGUGCACCGGAGCAAGUUCCAGUCGAUAAUACAGAAGCCCAGGACGAUAGUGAAGACGACGAGGAUCAUAGCGACAGCCUUUUCUUUCCCGAGGAGCAGUUGGUGGAACUCGAAAAGGGCGCGCGGCGGCUAUGGCGACCAUGGCGGAGAAACAUCCAACGGUACGACGUUCGACCUUAUCGUUGCUUCCACAUCGGCGACUCUAUCGAGGCACCCGUCAUGUACCCGGAUUUCCGAUACCACUACCAUGUUACCGAGAACUCGGAGCUCUACCUUCCUGCUCGAAUUGUUGACGUCCAAGGCGACCAGUAUGUGGUCGAAUUCAGUCCGGCGCUUUCGGUUCAUGGGUGGUGGCCAGGAAGGAUACCUAAGGGUGCACAAGUAGACCUAGUGCCAGGAUCAGGCAUCAAGGCAGAAAACCCGAUCGACUUCAAUCGCGUGACGGUAGGCAUGGAUAGGGUACGUCCUUUCUCUGCGGGGCCACGACCGGUCCUGGGUGUUCAGUCCGCGAAGCCAUCUGGGUGGAGUUCAUUUCAGGGCGUUCAUCUCUGCAAUCUUGAAGAUCUUUUGGAGCGGAGUCUUUGGAACGACGUGUAG